AGAACGUGCGUCGAGCCCGCGCGGCUGAGCGCGAGGGGGGUGUCAGUUCCAGGAUGGUGGGCCAGCUUUUAACGACGCCUUGCUCCUCUUCUUCUUGCUAACUGCUGCUCGGAGUCUACUCGAGGGCUUUUCUGGAAGAUGAGAAAUAACUGUUACGCCUGCGGCAUCCGCUCUUCUUCUUUGACGUACCAUUGAAGGCAGUGAGUAGUCAUGGCAGAGCAGGACGUUUGUCCUCACCUGGACUCCAUAGGUGAAGUGACCAAGGAUGAUCUACUGCAGAAAUCAAAGGGGACUUGCCAGUCAUGUGGUGCUGGGGGGCCAAACCUGUGGGCUUGUCUGCAGAGUGACUGUCCUUACGUUGGAUGUGGAGAGUCCUAUUCUGAUCACAGCACCUUGCACGCACAGGCGAAGAAGCACAAUCUGACGGUGAACCUAACAACCUUCAGGAUCUGGUGUUACACGUGUGAGCGGGAGGUGUUUCUAGACCAGAGGCCAGCCCUGGUCCCCGGACCGGCUGCUCCACACCACUGCAAAGCUGCAGAGCAGGAUGGAGCUCCGCAGUCUGGAGGUCACCCACUAAAAGCUGUUCCAAUCGCUGUGGCAGAAGAGGACGGUUCAGAAUCAGAAGAAGAUGAGCUGAAACCUAGAGGUCUAACAGGAAUGAAGAAUAUUGGAAACUCCUGCUACAUGAAUGCAGCUCUGCAAGCUUUGUCCAACUGCCCCCCCCUCACCCAGUUUUUCCUGGACUGCAGCGGACUGGUCCGGACUGAUAAGAAGCCUGCUUUGUGCAAGAGCUACCAGAAACUCAUCUCAGAGCUGUGGCAUAAGAAAAGGCCCAGCUAUGUCGUGCCUACCAGCCUUUCCCACGGUAUCAAACUAGUAAACCCCAUGUUUCGAGGUUAUGCACAGCAGGACACCCAGGAGUUCCUGCGCUGUCUGAUGGACCAGCUACACGAGGAGCUGAAGGAGCCUCUGACCGAGUGCAACAUGAGCGGGGACGGGAGCGACGGCGACGACAGGAGAGACGGGGACCGCUCCCCGUCAGAGGACGAGUUCCUGUCCUGUGACUCCGGGUCCAGCAGUGAUCGGGGGGAGGGGGGAGGCAUCGGGGAGGGGGAGCUCCUCCUGCAGGACGAGUGCGAUGGGGUGAGGUCUCCCUCCGUGGUCGGCUCCGCCACGCUCAUCUCGGAGAAGGAGAGGCUAAAGGAGAAGCGGGUGUCGGGGUCGCCUCUUCGGGGAGCCUCGCAGGAGAUGGACGAGGACGCCGAUGUGGACACGGCGGCUGAGGAGGGGGCUCCUGAGAGGGGGGAGGAGGAGGAGGAGGUGGACCCAUCCUCAAACGCUGAGGUCCAAAACCAGGAGAACAACCAAACAUCUAACACAGUCCAGAGGAACAACACGUCAGAGCCGGACAACGAAGCAUCAAUGACCCAACCUCAGUCUACUCCGUGCAGCCCGGUCCGAACCUUGCAGGAGCUCCACCACAAGCUGUCAUCAAGCCCUCCACGUUCCAGCCCCCUCCGCUCUGCAGGUCCUGCAUACUCCUUAAAAAAAGCUCAACUGCUGCUCAGUUCCAGGAAGAAGAAGCAGUCUCACUAUCGCAGCGUGAUCUCCGACAUCUUUGACGGCUCCAUCCUCAGCCUGGUCCAGUGUUUAACGUGUGACAGGGUUUCAACCACUGUGGAGACCUUCCAGGACUUGUCACUCCCUAUUCCAGGAAAAGAAGACUUGGCCAAGCUUCACUCCUCCAUCCAUCAAAACCUGCCCGUAAAGACCGGCGUGUGUCCCGACUCGUACAGUUCGCAGGGGUGGAUCUCCUUCAUCAUGGACUCCAUACGCAGGUUCGUAGUUUCAUGCAUCCCCAGUUGGUUUUGGGGCCCCAUGGUGACGUUGGAGGACUGUCUCGCUGCCUUUUUUGCUGCAGAUGAACUCAAAGGAGACAACAUGUACAGCUGUGAGAGAUGUAAAAAGUUGCGAAAUGGUAUUAAAUACUGUAAAGUGCUCAAACUUCCUGAGAUUCUGUGCAUUCAUCUCAAGCGUUUCCGGCACGAAGUCAUGUACUCGUUUAAGAUAAGCAGCCACGUUUCCUUCCCGCUGGAGGGUCUCGACAUGCGGCCUUUCCUGGCCAAAGAGAGCCCGUCUCAAGUCACCACCUAUGAUCUGCUGUCUGUCAUUUGCCAUCAUGGCACUGCAGGAAGCGGACACUACAUCGCUUACUGUCAGAAUGUAAUAAAUGGACAGUGGUAUGAGUUUGAUGACCAGUAUGUCACAGAGGUCCAUGAGACGGUGGUGCAGAAUGCAGAGGCCUAUGUGUUGUUUUAUCGGAAGAGUAGCGAGGAGGCGGUCCGAGAGAGACAGAAGGUGGUGGCUUUAGCCAACAUGAAGGAGCCCAGUCUGCUGCAGUUCUACAUCUCCAGGGAAUGGCUCAACAAGUUCAACACAUUUGCAGAACCGGGCCCGAUCAGCAAUCACACGUUCCUUUGUCAACAUGGAGGCAUUCCUCCAAAUAAAUACCACUACAUAGAUGAUCUGGUCGUGAUUGUCCCCCAAAAUGUGUGGGAAUAUCUUUACAACAGUUUUGGAGGCGGUCCAGCAGUCAACCACCUUUACGUUUGUGCCAUCUGUCAGGUGGAGAUCGAAACAUUAGCUAAACGCAGGAAAACUGAAAUAGACACUUUCAUCAAGCUGAACAAAGAGUUCCAGGCUGAGGAAGCUCCGACAGUGAUUUUGUGUAUCAGCAUGCAGUGGUUCCGAGAGUGGGAGAGUUUUGUAAAAGGAAAAGACAACGAGCCGCCCGGUCCCAUUGACAACAGUAAAAUUUGGGUUAUGAAAGGAGGACACGUACAGCUGAAGCAAGGCGCAGAUUAUGGUCAGAUCUCCGAGGAGACAUGGCAGUACCUUUUGGGCAUUUAUGGCGGUGGACCUGAGAUCGCAGUGAGGCAAACCGUGGCACCAGCUGACCCUGACAGCCUCCACGGAGAGAGGAAGAUCGAAGCGGAGACGAGAGCACUUUGAAAUAAAUACAGAGGUCUUCUGAUCCCUUCUUGAUUCCAGCCCUCACAUGAAGCUGAGGAAUUUGCACCUUGGUGAAGAAGCCGCAUUGUGAGCACUUUGUAAAUGUAGCAACGUGUUAUGUUGAUGCCAGGCUAUAAGAGGAGGAACCUUCAAAUCCUUCAGUUUGAUCUUCAGUGUUUGGGCAUUUUGGGAAAAAAAAAAAACAAUAUUACUAAGACGUUGUUGGUAGAUGUGGUGUCUCAGUGGCUGCUCUAGUGGCUCUAUGUCAUGUACCGCUUUUCUGGUUAUGGCAGGCAGACGGCCUCCUGCGUUACGACCCAGAAUGAUGCAGGGGACCGAAAAUCUCAAACUUAUUUAAGUGGAAACGACAGCAACAAGCGUCCAUUAACAGGCUUUGUGUUGUACGAGUUCAUAGCUGCAACUGCAAACAUGAAAGAUGUAAACCUCAAAUGUGCACUGAACCCUAAAGAAUGGAGUAAGAGAACCGUGGGUUUGUCUAUAAAUGCAUGCACAAGACUAAAUUAGACCUUUUUCAGGGCUCAGAAUGCAUGCACUUGCAAGUAAGAUGAUCAUUUUACACAAAAAAUAUUUAUUGGUUUAGGUUUUUCCUGCUUUUGUUAAUGCAAGUGUUACCACUGGAUAAGGGUUUGCACAGAUUAAUUGUUUUAAAGUCAAUAGAAAAUUGCUUCAAAGUAUUACUGCAGGUGCAUUUUAGAAGAGUUUACAGGGUAAUUUGUCCAUUUUAGAACACAACUAAGUAGUUUUGAGAUAACGGCAUAAAAAAGAAAAAAAUGGCAUGCAGUGCUUCUUCAUUAAAUCAAGCAACUUCCAUCUUUUUUACAAUUAAAAAAACAUAUUUGACAGAAUCUUAACUAACUGAUGUGUUGUGAAAAAAUAAAACUAAAACACCCAAAAGAUAUUUGAUGAUGUGAGUUCCGUUACACUUCUUUUCUUCUCUUUUCUUUUCUUUACAUGUUGUCAUACAAGAGCUACAAAUUACACACAGUUUAAACUGAUAAAAUAAUAUAUAUGUCUAAAUAUUAAAAAUUUCGUUAAAUUUUUAGACGUUUUUUUCAUUACAGAUGUGGAUAUUCUUGACACAAAUUGUGAUCACCUUGCAAUCAUGGAGACAUCUCACUAGAAAAGAAGCGCUUUACUUUUUUAAAAUUUUUGUUUAAAUAUAUAAAUACUUGUUGUAAAAUAUUUCUUUUGUUUGUGCAGAUAUUCAACAUUUUAAUAGAUGUAAAAGUUCAUGACUCAAAUGACUCAGGGUACAAUCUGACCAAAAGUUUACAGUUCAACGUCACAGGGGGGUCAAAAGUGUUUUCAUCCCUGAAGGGUUAUUGUCAAAAAUGUGUUGAUGGAAGCAUCUAAAACAGCUUGUUACCAGAUACAUUUACUUACUUUAGUUAUUGCGUUUAAGUUGUGUUAAUUUAUUGAUUAAAGCUACUGCCUCAUCUCUAAAAUGUUUGUCAAAAACGACUUGAUCCCCUUAGAUAAAAUCUACAAAAAUACAAGUCAAGAUGCAUAAAAGGUUUUAAAACAACUUCAUAAUUGACAUAUUACUUGUUUGGAUUAUGUAGUGGUUGCUAAAACUAACAAAAAAAGCAACCGAUUUGUAUUUUUGUUUUAAUUUAAUAAGUAGCAACAUCAAAGAGUCGUAGAGGUAGAGUCAAAAAUGUUAAAAGAUGAAUAUUUGGGGUUAUUUGUUGAUCAUAAUUUAAAAUUACUAAGUAAAGAUUGCUGCAAUUCUUUAUUCCUUUUAAAAUAAUUUUUUUUUACAGGAAAUCUAUUUUAUGCUAACAUAAUUCUGCAUUCAUUUGAACCUUUGUACCGGUGUUGCAGUAAAACAUUCUGAUGAAUUUCACGACUUUUAGGAAAUGAAUCACAACAGAUUCCAACUACGUUGUAAGCUGUCUUUUAAAUUAUUUUAUGAUGCGAUUUAUUUAUAUUUAGGGUUUUAAACUAUGGUCAUAGAGCUUAGAACUUUCUCAAAUGCAGAAUGUUUGAGUCUUUUCCAGGUGGACCAAGAAAUCGUCUGGAGUGUCAAACCCCACAAAAACACGUUUGUAAAAAUAAUUUAAGUUUAUUUUGGAAAAACAAAUCCUUCUACAUUUCCUUCUGGCUUAGCCUUUAUAAGAAAUCUAUAUUGUGGCUUAAUUAUAACAUUUAUGUAAUUAACAGCUGGUGUUGUUUGGGGUAGUCUGGACAUUUUGAUCUGUGCUCCUUUCAAGGCAAAAAUGAGAAACAAACACUGAUUUGCAGUUUUUAAAUAAAACAAACAUAAAAAUUAACUUUUUUUCUUGUUUAAUAAAGUAAAAAGAAGAAAAAAAUAUAUUUUUAUUUUCCUGUUUUUAAUAUAUAAGAUAAAAUUGGCUGCUUGUUAUGUAUCCAGACUCAUUAUACAAAUGUGUUGCGCCUGUUUUGUUGACCAUUUUUAAACCCCAUGAUUUGAUUUAUUAGUUUAUUACAAGCAUCAAUUGUUGACGAUAAAGCAAACAAAUAUUACACAGAUAUAUUAAAUUCAUUUCAGAGAUGUAGAAAUACAUUGAUUUAAAAAAACAAAGAAAGAUUUACAUGAAUGCAAGAAAAACAACAGUAUUUACUCAUGAUCAUAAAUGGAGAUUUUGUGACUUAAGUCAAAUUAUAUUAAUAAAAUAAGAACUAUUAACUAAAGUUAAGUGAUGAUAUCACAGAAGAAAGUUUUCUCUGCAUUUAAUUUUGUGGUUUUCACACAUUUCAAGACUUUGAAGCAGGAACUCCUGUUAAUGCUUUUGGGCAUGUUUGUUUUUUUAUACAUUUGAGGGGUAAGUGCAAUGAAAUAAAAGAAUUAAACUUCGUGCAAUCUUCAAUGUAUUGCUUUAGAGCUACAAAACCCUUAGACAAUAAUAUAUGAAGCGGCUAACGGUAAAGGCUGUGCAGAAUAUUCUAGUGCAAUGUUAAGAAAUUUGGAGGUGUCGUAAUUUAAAUCAUCUUUUUUAAUGUGUUUUAUUUACAUGGUUUCCUUAUAUUUAACAGUGUACGCCGGUUGUCAUGACAAUGGUGAUGCUUUAAACUGUAGUUGACCACACGUUUGUGUGAUGUCUUAAUGUCUGUAUAACUAGUGUUAAGACACACGGCUGGUUCGAUGAAUAAAACUUUUUGGGCUCGGA